AUGGGACCGGCAGCAGCGCGGACGGGACGGGCAUUCUUGCCGGCAGCGCUGCUGGCACUGGCGCUCAGCCCGGGGCCCGCAGUCGCUCUGCCGGGUAGCGCCGAAUGCCCAGCGGGUACCUUCUCGGUGAGUGCGGGCUGCCGUCAGUGCCCGCCGGACACCUUCUCCAGCGCGGCGGGACUCCGCGCCUGCACACUCUGCCGCAAAUGCGAAGGACCAUUCAGUUACUCAAAAAAUUGUUCCUCAAAAAGCGAUGCUGAAUGCACCUGCAAGAACGGCUACCGCUGCAGCGGCGACGGCUGCUCUCGCUGCCACCGGAGCUGCGGCGUGGGCCAGGAGGACACCGGGAGCGGCUGCCAGAUUUGCCGCCACGGAACUUUCAAUGAUCAGCCCAACAGCUUCUGCAAAAACUGGACCAAGUGCUCUGCAAACCAAGUCCUGGAACCGGGAACAGCAGCAAAAGAUGUCAUCUGCAAGCAUGUUUCAGGUAGUUCCACUUUAGUCACUGCUCUCCCUGCAACAUCUCCUGCAAUUCCAUUUUCUUCUUUCACUGUGCCAGGGAAGGACCUCCAGAUGGACAUCAUUAGAAUUUCUCUUGCUGUAGCUGGGCUGUUGUGCAUAGUGUUUCUGCUACCUUCAUGCAUAUGCUUCACUAUCUGGCAGAAAAAGAAACUACAUACAGUCUUCAAGAAAAUGUAUGCCACACCUGAACAAUCAAUCCAGGAAGAGGAUGCCUGCAGCUGCCACUUCCCUCAGGAAGAACAAGGUGAAUAUCAGGACCACAGCAAAUGCACAGAAUUCAGAGAUCUUUUGGUGAACUAGGAGCUGGACUGCCCAGGUCAACCACAUUCGAAUUCCCUUUUGGAGCACAAGAAGAAUCUGUUCACAUAAAUAGAGAGGGUACCAGAAUCUGGAUUUCAGAGUGCUGAACAGUCUACCUGCUAAGGAAAAAAAGUGCAUUUUUCCACCUCUUAAAAGUAGUUAAGUAAUAAAUGGAUCUAGCUUGCUGACUUUCUUCCUCUUGAACUAGGAAUCACACACCUAAGAAGUGGUAUCUGAUUGGCAUAUAUUAAGUACUGCACUUAAAAGCAGUAAUACGAGGACAGAAAUGGCUUUUUAGUCCCUCCUAAGUGGUGCCUGAGCCACAGUUUAGGUGAAGUCUGACAGCAUUUGAAGUUAAAAGAAGCUCUGCAGCACGUGGUAGAGCCACAUGUGACAGUGUUGCCAGCCAUCCUCUUGAGUCUAGAGCUACAGCUCCUAAAGUUUCACUCAAAGCUUACAGUCUUGGGCUUUCUGUACAGGUAAACCUCACGUCAGAGCCCAUCAGCCCUUGAAGCAUACCUGGCCUGACCACUGCACACCAGCUCCUGUACAGGAGAGAGCUUGCAUCUGCUGCUCUAUUACUUUGAGCAGUGUAAGAGAAGGCAGUGGAAACACAGAGAAAAGCUGUGGUUGACUUGCUCUCACUGUGCAGCUGGACUGCACCACCUUUAAGCCCCACCUCAUUCAUCUUUGAUCUCUGAGGUGAUGUAAGUGUUAUGUACACUGCAGAUGUGCUAUACGUAGAUGUGAUACGUUUCUGGUACUAUUUUGGUGACUUUGAGGUUGGAAAGAUUUUACCAUCAGAUAUCUGUCUCUUUGAUCAAUUACAGUUCCUCUGGUCUUAAAAAAAGAAAAUGCAUGUUUGAGUCACAGCCUUCACAAAAUCAUUUUUAACCUUUUGCAACCCCAAAUAUUCUAUUUCUUCAGUAAAGGUUAUUCAAAGGGGGGGGG